UUUUUUAAGAAACUAAAAAAAAAAAAAACAACAACAGAGCCCUUCCCUGACCACCUAUUUAGAAUUGUAAGCCAUCCCUUCCUGGGCCCUCCCUGUUUUCUCCAUGAUACCGAAGGCUUUCUGACACACGACACUGUCAGCUGGUUUGCUUGUUAUUUUCUGUCUCUUAAUCGUGUCACCAUGUAGAGGCCAGGCUCCUGGUUUUUGUUCACCUCUGUAUUCCCGACCCCUAGAACAGUACCUCAUACCCAGCUCCAGGGAGCGGCGUGAAGGCCUGCGAGACAAUGGUCUCAGUGACUAUGGCCACUUCUGAGUGGAUCCAGUUCUUUAAGGAAGCUGGCAUUCCUCCAGGACCUGCUGUCAAUUAUGCCGUGAUGUUUGUGGAUAAUAGAAUCCAGAAGAGCAUGCUGCUAGACCUCAACAAGGAGAUCAUGAACGAGCUGGGCGUGACCGUGGUGGGCGACAUCAUUGCCAUCCUCAAGCAUGCCAAGGUGGUGCACCGCCAGGACAUGUGUAAAGCUGCCACUGAGUCGGUGCCCUGCAGUCCCAGUCCCCUCCCAGGCGAGAUUCGUCGAGGUGCCUCUAGCGCUGCCUCCCGAAUGAUCACCAACAGCCUGAACCGAGACUCUCCACCCGGCACUCCCCCCAGGCGGCCAGACACCAGCACCUCCAAGAUCUCUGUCACCGUGUCCAACAAGAUGGCAGCAAAGAGUGCCAAGGCUGCCGCAGCCCUGGCACGCCGAGAGGAGGAGAGCCUGAGUGUUCCCACCAAGCGGCGCCGGGUCACGGCCGAGAUGGAGGGGAAGUACAUUAUCAACAUGCCCAAAGGCACCACCCCCCGGACCCGGAAGAUCCUGGAGCAGCAGCAGGCAGCGAAAGGUCUCCACAGGACAUCUGUGUUUGACCGCCUCGGCGCUGAGACCAAGGCAGACACCACAAUGGGGAAUAAACCCACCGGAGUCUUCAGCCGCCUGGGGGCCACCCCCGAGACAGACGAUGACCUGGCCUGGGACAGUGACAACGACAGCAGCAGCAGCUCUGUCCUACAGUACGCCGGGGUCCUGAAGAAACUGGGCCAUGCCCCCGCCAAGGCCAGCCCGCAACCCGCACUGCCUGUCAAAGCCAAGGCAACGAGCUCGGCGCCAGCCACUGCCACCCCCACGCUGCGGCGCCUGGCCCUCUCCUCGCGCCCGGCGCCCGAGAGGAAGCCGGAGGCCCUGUCCAAAGUCAGCAUCAUCCAGAGACUGGGCAAGCCCGCCCUCGUACCCGAGGCCCAGGACAGCCAGGUCACCAGCACCAAGAGUAAGUCCUCCGCUGAGGUCAAGGUCACCAUUAAGAGGACUCUGGUGGGGCCCCGGGGGAGCAGCUCCAGCGAGGGCCUGGGUGCCCAGAUGGACCACGCGGGCACCGUGAGCGUAUUCAAAAGACUGGGCCGGAGGACCUUCUAGCCCAAGGGCGGGGCGCAGGCCCCUCUCCUGACUCCCGGCUCCGUCAGUCUUCAGCGAGGGCGUGUUACCCCUCCCCGCCGGCUUCGGGACGACUAGUCGCCCUCAGGUGUUCUGCCGGCCUGAGCUUUCCGGGGAGCCACCUGGGUGUUCUGAGUCCGAAAGGGUCGCCGUGGCCGGCCUUGCCGCUCUGGGACUUCCCUUCUCUCCCGUCCUCUGUUCUCUCCUCUUGACUGUGGCCUUGGCAGGACCCCCCCCUUUUACCUCUCCCAGUGCCAAGGACCCUUCUCCUCCCUCCAUGCCCUUCCUCUCUCCCAGCAGCAUCUGCUGCCUCAAAUCCCCGUUCUGCGGCCUCCCUGUCCCCCAGAGUGGGUGCACCCCGAGAGGCCUCUGUGUCCCCCACCCGUGACUUCCUUGCCCGCCUGCCUCUGCCCACCCCCCACUGCUUUGCCCUCCCCCGCUCUCUCCCGAUCUUCACUCUGUUCGUUUCUUUUCUGUUUUCUGUCCCCGUGGCAAGGCCCGACUGUCCGCUGCGUCCUGCCUGACCCUCCUGCACCUCCGGCCUCCCAGCGGCGCCCUCGUCGGCGGUGGCGUCGAGCCAGUAGAGACUGUUAGCCGCCCUCACUCCCAGGCUGGAGGGACCUCCCCAGACCCCGGGCUGCGGCCAGGGCACCCGUCUGGGCCUCUUUUCUCCCUGAAAGUCUGUGGCGGGUGGCGGGUAAGGGGCACUGAGAUGGGAAGCCAACACCGAGAGAAGAAAACAGCUAUUUUAAUAUAUUUUUGUGACUUUCAGA